AUGUCUGCCGCCAACGCCACCAUGUCGACACUCCCGCCCGACCUUUUUGACCAGACGACACUCGUCUCGCUGGCAUCGACGGUCGCAAUCCUCGCGGUCGCGUACGGCGUGUCCCUCAAGGCCCUGUCUCCCACGACGUCGGGCCCGCUGCGCUUCCUGUUCAUCUGGCACGCCUUUGACGCGCUGAUUCAUUUCUUCCUCGAGGGCAGCUUCCUCUACCACUGCUUCUUCUCGUGGAUCCCCACCGCCGACGUCACCCUCAAGGACCUCCAGACCGGGAAAUACCACAUGACGACGCCGCCCUUCCUGGGCCACGCGGACCGCAUCUACGGCUCGCAGGCGGGCGGGGACAACCCCUUUGCGCAGCUGUGGAUGGUGUACGCCAAGGCGGACAAGCGCUGGGCUGGUGCUGAUCUGGGCGUCAUCAGCCUGGAGCUCUUGACCGUCUUCAUUGUCGGCCCCCUCGCCUGCUGGGUGUGCUACGACAUCGCCAAGAAGAACCCGCGCGCCAACAUUACGAUGAUCAUCAUGGCGACUGCUGAGCUCUACGGUGGCUUCAUGACCUUCUGCCCCGAGUGGCUCGUCGGCAGCGUGAACCUCGACACCAGCAACUUCAUGUACAUGUGGGUGUACCUGGUCUUCUUCAACAUGCUCUGGGUCUUCAUCCCCGCCUACGCGAUCUACGUCGCCGCCCAGGACAUUUCGGCCGCCUUUGCGGCGCGGAAUGCCACCGUCAAGGGCAAGAAGAGCAAAUAA